AUGGAAUUCGAAUUUAGCAUUUUGAUUUUUAACUAUUUUUUUCAGGUGACCUCAAAGUCAGUUCAGGAAUUGCUAAAUGCUUUCCCGAUUGUUGAUGAUUCGCGAACUGCUAAGGCUGUAACAAUUGUUAUUGGCGGUACAAUCUGUGAUUUGGCAUCAUUACGUUUGCGAAAUUCUCGAAUGGUGGUGGAUACGAGCGAUUACAGUGCAAUUUCGAGUAACACUGCACGAGGGCUUCUUUCAAACACAAAAAAUGAUUCGGAGGAGAGCCUCAGCGAUGAUGAAUUUGACGCACUCACUACUCACCGUUCGUUUAUAAUUGAUGCGCUGCAUGGCGAAGAGGAUGAUUCGCCGAUGGAAACGCAAAACAUGAUCGAUGAAUGGGCCGAACGUGAAGCACGUGAUUUAGGCCUUUUGAGCAAGUAG